GUUGGUGAUCCCUGAUGUGGAUUUAGGGAGCAGUUGUCACUCUGCCUGUCUGAGAGGCGCUUGGAUUUCCACUAGUCCUGACGAGGAGAGGAGCUACAGCUGAUUCAGCCGUGACACCUCAUGUUCACGACCAAGGGCUUGAGGAUGGGCCACCAACGAUGCUAGCUCUACCAUGGGCAGUGUCACUCUGCGCUACUUCUGCUAUGGCUGUCUGUUCACGUCUGUGACCUGGUCCAUCCUGCUCUUCCUCUACUUCAGCCUCAGCCAGGAAAACCGCCUCUCCUUCAGCUAUGUGCCCAUCCAGGGGGUGCAGCACCGAUUCCAGCCGCGCUUCACCCGCCGCCCGUGGCUGCUCCACAAGGACGCUGAGACGGGCCGCAGGGGCCGCGGCCCGAACCCUCAUAAACCCGACCUCUCACCUGAGAUGGGUAUGAUUUUUAAUGAGAAGGAUCAGGAGGUGAGAGAUAUGGGCUACCACAGACAUGCCUUCAACGUUCUUAUCAGCAACAGGCUUGGAUAUCAUAGAGACCUGCCUGACACCAGAAAUGACAAGUGCAAAGACAAGACUUAUCCAUUGGCGCUACCAACCGCCAGCAUAGUGAUCUGUUUCUUCAACGAAGCGUUCUCCGCCCUGCUGAGGACCGUUCACAGUGUUUUGGAUCGUACCCCAGGCUACCUUCUUCAUGAGAUAAUCCUGGUGGAUGACAACAGUGAGCUAGAGGACCUGAAGGAGGACCUGGAUGUGUACGUGCAGAAGAAUCUGCCAGGCAAGGUGAAGUUGGUGCGGAAUGAGAAGAGGGAAGGACUGAUCAGGGGAAGGAUGAUUGGAGCAUCUCACGCUACAGGUGAGGUUUUGGUGUUUCUGGACAGUCACUGUGAGGUAAAUGAAGCAUGGCUGCAGCCUCUGCUCACACCAAUCAAGGAGAACCGUCACACCGUGGUGUGUCCAGUCAUUGACAUCAUCAGCGCAGACACACUGGUCUACAGUCCCUCCCCCAUCGUCCGUGGGGGCUUCAACUGGGGACUGCACUUUAAGUGGGACCCCGUUCCAGUGUCUGAACUCAACAACCCCAGUGGAGCCAUCAGGUCUCCUACGAUGGCUGGUGGCCUGUUUGCCAUGGACAGGAAGUACUUCAAUGAGCUCGGACAGUAUGACAGCGGCAUGGACAUCUGGGGAGGAGAGAACCUGGAGAUUUCUUUCCGGAUCUGGAUGUGUGGAGGUCAGCUGCUGAUCAUUCCCUGCUCCAGAGUUGGCCACAUCUUCCGCAAGCGCCGGCCUUACGGCUCGCCCGGCGGCCAGGACACAAUGGCUCACAAUUCCCUGCGUCUGGCCCACGUCUGGAUGGACGAGUACAAGGAGCAGUACUUCGCUCUGCGUCCAGAGCUGAGGAGCAGGGACUAUGGGGACAUUAGUGAGCGCCUGGCUGUCCGUCAGCGUCUACAGUGUCACUCCUUUAAGUGGUACCUGGACAACAUUUAUCCGGAGAUGCAGGUGUCCUCACCUCAGAACAAACCCCAGCCUCCUGUCUUCAUGAACCGCGGUGUGAAGAGACCUAAAGUGCUGCAACGCGGACGGCUGCGUAAUCUGCUGACUGAUAAGUGUCUGGUAGCACAAGGUCGUCCCAGCCAGAAGGGCGGCGCUGUUGUGGUGAGAGCCUGCGAUUCUCAGGAUCCUGAGCAGGAGUGGGCCUACGAUGAGGAGCAUGAACUAAUCCUGGCAGGCCUGCUGUGUUUGGACAUGUCAGAGAUCCGCUCUUCAGACCCGCCGCGCCUCAUGAAGUGCCACGGCUCCGGGGGCUCUCAGCAGUGGUCCCUUGGGAAGAAUAACCGGCUCUACCAGGUGUCUGUGGGUCAGUGUCUGGCCGUGGUGGACCCUCUCAGCCAUAAGGGAUACGUUGCCAUGGCAAUCUGUGACGGUUCAGAGGCCCAGCAGUGGCAGUUGGAGAGUUGAUGCCUCAGCCUUUGGGUGCUUUGAGUUUGCACCACCCCCUGCUGGCUGUGGAGGGAACUACAGAUAUACUAUACACUACUGGCUGAUGAGGACUAUAGGACCAGCAGGCGCCCAGCUCCAGUUCCUGCCACUGCAGCAGGUGAACAUGGUGGCAUUUCUGUCAGCCUUACUAGCUCUGUCGAAGCGGGAAAUAUGAGAUGUGUUACUUUUAACUGCCUUGAAAGCUUUUCGUCAUGGUCAAACAUUUUCUCUAUAAUUUCACUAUCAGCAAGUUUUCUGAAAUGUUCUUUUUUAUUUAUGAUUUUAAUCUGUUGGUUUGGAUUUUAAUCAAUUUGCACAGCGAUGUUGCUGAGACAAUUCAGAUGAACUGAUUUUAACUGUUAAUUUGAAAAGAAGUUACCGCAAAAAGUAUCGACUGUCAGUAUUAGAAUUGUCGACUGUGUGUAAUUUUUAUAUUCAUAUAAAUCAUGCCUCUGAAGUUUUCUUCUGCGUUUGCUCUCUCUCCAUAGAAAAGUCCAUAAGAACAAUAUACUUCAAAAAGCUGUGUAGUGUCAUUGGUAUUAGUUCAUCACUUAACUUUCAUUCAGUUUUUAACCAUACAUGAACUGAUGUCAGAGCAUUAUUCAGUAAUUUAACACAUGGAAGACUUGCAUCAGUCCAUAAACGUUCAUACACAAAGGACAGUUUUAAAAGGUGAAGUACCAGCCAUGGUAAUGUUUCAGUGUAAAAAACAAGAGUAGCACCUCUGUGGUGUGAAUGUAAGCAGUUUUGAUUUUUAAUAAGAAGUGCAUUUACCUGAUUCUUUGUUUUGCUCUUUUGUAAAUGAUGGUAUAAUAAAGACUCUUUAAAUAAACCAUUUUUGUUCCAGAGUAAACUUUA